AUGACUGCGGCGGGCCUCCAAGCACCUCCUCCUGUGGCACGUUUAUUCCAGUUUGUCGCCUUCUCUGUGUAUACGUACACGAUAUAUUAUUCGGUUUUUUACGUAAACGUACCUCCUCUCUCAAGGAAUUAUGCCAUUGCUGGAAAGGCGAAAUUUCUCACCCAAUGGAAUCUUCUAAUUCGACUGCGUGACUUCCUUUUUUGUUCGAUAUGCCUUCCGUCAUGCAUUUUCGUGAGCACUGUUUUUUGGGGUCUUUAUGCAAUCGACCGCGAGCUAAUUUUUCCCAAACGAGUGGAAAAAUAUUAUCCUAAUUGGGUCAAUCACUGCUCACAUUCUUUGAUUGUGGUGACUGCCCUCGUGGAAUCGCUGCUUUCUCCUCAUUAUCAGCCGUCUAGGGGGGCCUCAUUCAAAGCGCUCCUUACAUGGUUCACCACCUAUCUUUUGUGGGUACUUUACCUGGGUCUGAUACAUGAUGUUUGGGUAUAUCCUGUUAUGCAAGUUCUUUCACCGGUCGGUUUAACUGCAUUUUUCAUCGGCUGUUUUAUUAUAGUGCUUGCACUUCACCUUGCUGUCACCAGUAUUAUAGAGGACUAUGGACACUGUGGCCGUGCGAUAUGCCACCAACGACAUGAUCGUUUCCGUCUGGAAGUGUAUGAUUAUAUCCUUUCACAAAACUUCUAAUAAAUAGACUUUAAAUAGUUAAACUAUUCUUACAGUAAAAUCAGACUGCCUUUGAGAUAUGCCAUAUUCAUGAGUACUCCGCAAUUGUUAAAGCAGCGGAUCAGAAGUAAUGCACACACAUGGAGGCUGUACUUCUACAAAACCUCAAAUCUUCUAUAAAACCACUCAGAAAGACUGUGUUGGAAAUUUAAACACUCCUUACAAAAGCCUAAGAAUCUUUAGAAGCGGCACAUUCUCUUUAAAACAGGCACACACUCUCUUUAAUUUGCAACCAGGAAUAUCCGUAACAACUCCAUACGACAUCAUUAAAGGUACUAAGAGGUAGGAAUUUAAGCUUUUCAUUAAAAAAGGAUUAAUUAGAGACAUACUUGGUAUAUUAGAUUGAACCGGCUGGAUUUAUCUACAUGCCAGGGACAUAUUUUUCAUAUAAAUUCCGAAAAUUUAGCAUAUCUCCAAAUUUUCGGAAUUUGGUUACUGGCCAUUCAGAGCAGCGUGUACUGGUCAACGGAUCAAUAAAUAAAGUAAUAUAAAUAUUAACAGAUAAAGAAAAAAAGAAGUAAAUAAAAAAAAGUUCGACCGUAACGAGAAAUUAGAAUCAUUCAACCAAACUGUCUAGUAAACGCCAUGAAUAGCCUUAUUCAAGAGAAACUGCAAAGGUGCUGGUUUUCAGUUCAAGAAGAUUAUAUUGUAAAUCUGGUGAGAUUAAAUAAAACCCUCUUUAAUGAAAGUUUUCGCGUAACAAAAGUGGCCCCUGGGACCGAAACUAAAAGCAAGAUCAAUUAAAAACAACUUUGACGUUGAUGAAACGAUUAGGGUAGGCUAUUUUUAUGAAUAGGUGCAUUUAUUGUGUCUCUUAAAAAAUAUUACAAUUCGGACGGCGAAUUUUGUAACAUCCGUCAUCUAACGCCGACUUUCCCCCGUUAGACUAUCACUUGUUUUGCUUGCUGUUAAAUUUAUCUAGUAAAGAAAUAUUCGAUUCCAUAGGAGAACGUUCCUUGAAGGCCGAUAUUUCCAAAGGAUCAAUGCCCAUCUUUGGCGGCAAAGUAUUUUUACGUAAGCUUGCCAAGGUGGUGGCCAAAGAGGGCUUGCAUGGAACUCACCAAUUUCGAUAAGUACUUUUAGGUGAAAAGUUAAACCUUGUCAAAUAUGUAUGGUAGACUAAUAUUUACUGCUUCGAAUUGCAUAGCAUAAAAAUAGAUACGAGCCAGUAAGCUUAUAUAUUUAAUACCGAUUCAUAUCCGGGUACUUCAAACACCCUAUGUCACUUUCAUUCCAAUAUUUUGCUAAUCUAAUUAAAAUACCAAAAAAUAUCAGACUUCUGUUCAAAUACUUCACGUAUUUCGGACACAGUAGAGAAUAUUCGAGUAAUUUUAUUUAUGAAAUUAAAUAAAAAUUAGGAAAAUAAAAUCAGUGGAUCACGUUUGUAUCCGUUUUUCUACUCGAUUUCUGCGCAUAGUAGAUUAAAUUACAUAAAAGUUCGACUGCUGUCACACAGGGGGUUAAUUAUAAUUUGAUUCGACUAUUUGAUCACUACGUACAACUAGAAAGUAAUGUGUGCCCAUGUGAACAAAUCUACGAACUGUCCAGUCACACUUGUAAUUUGAAAAACCGAU